AUGGGCACGGAGGAGCAAGAUAGCUCAUACCCAAAUCUGGACGAACAAGAGCCGCUGAAGCAGCAUAGAGGCUCCCACAUUAAUCCUUAUGAGCAUUUACAGAUCCAACUCAACCCAGAUGGAAGUUUAACACGAUUAGCAGACCUUCCUACUCUAGAAGCUUCCAUGGACGACCCUUAUGGAGAUACCAGAAGCAUUCUCAGCAAAGACGUGACCCUUAACCCUGAAAAGAAAACCUGGCUUCGUAUCCUCCGCCCCAAGACGGACGAUCUCCAACCCGGGUUGCGCCUCCCUCUAGUCAUGUACUUCCACGGUGGUGGAUUCAUGUUCUCCACCGCCGGCACCGUCUUUUGCAACAACUUAUGCGAACGCGCUGCUCGAUUGGUUCCUUGCAUCGUCGUUUCCGUGAGCUACCGCCUUACGCCGGAGAAUCGUCUGCCGGCGGCGUAUGAAGACGCAGAUGAUGCGUUGAUGUGGUUGAAGCAACAGGCUAUGGACAACGAUGGUGGGGAGCCUUGGCUAAGGGAGAUAGCUGACUUUUCUCGUAUUUUAAUGUUUGGGUGGAACAGCGGUGCAAACAUAGCGUUCCACGCGAGGUUACGAGCGUUGGGUCUGGAUAUUGGACCACUUAAGAUACUCGGUGUGAUGAUGACCCAGCCUUUGUUUGGCGGGGAGGAGAGGACCCAUUCUGAUCUCAAAUACGCUGAUGAUCAGGUGUUGCCAUUGACGGUGAGUGAUCUGGUGUGGGAGUUGGCCCUUCCUUUGGGAGCCAAUAGGGAUCAUGAGUAUUGUAAUCCGUGGGCCAGCCCUGAGCUUAUUCAGAAGCUGAGGAAGAUGGGGAAGGUAUUGAUAAGAGGGUAUGGAGGGGAUGUGACCAUUGAUCGACAGAGAAAGUUGGUGGAGCUGCUGGUGAUUAAUGGAGCUAAUGUUGUGGCUCGCUUCGAUGAUGUGGGUUUUCAUGGCAUCGACCUCAUCGAUUCACGAAGGGCUGUCAUCACUCUCAAUUACUUGAAAGAUUUCAUUAAUUCUACUUCUUCCGAUGACUCCAAUUAA